UCAGAAAGCCAACUUUGCAGAGGCAAGAAAGCCCCGGCAAGAUCAGAUACAGUUCAGGGCUUCUGUCACUGAAAUUUAUUAAAUUUAUAAUUGGACUCUACUGAACUUUUUUGGACAUUGGUUGCCCCAUUCACCACUUUUUGAAUCUGAUACCUCAUUGGACUGUAUUUUGGACUGUUACUGGACUCAACUGGACUUUCUGAGGAUUCCAUUAGACUCCAUUGGUUUCAGUUUUAUAAAGUAGGUUCUGUUCAAAUUCUGCUUGACUGUGGCAGCGGUACUGAUAUUUUGAAUGGAGGUUUAUCUAUUCUGCACUGUAGGGCUGUUUGAGUAGGAGCGUGGGCCAACUAAGGUAAAUAAAGGUAAACAGAUGCCAGUCCUGGACUUAUCUGCCUCAGGUUGCUUUGACUGAAAGGUCUUUUAUACUAGAUUAUUUAUUGAAAAACACUAACAGGGUACAAAAAAGUAAGACAAGUCUGGAGUUGCAGGUUGCAGUCUGAAAAACUAACAAAUAAGAUUCAAUUUAGAUCAGGUUUGCUUCAACAAGAGGCCAGACAAGAUAGUUCUUAUCAGUUAUUAGGUUAUUUAUUUUGACAGCAAGGUUAGGAUAGCUAAUUGAAUGUUGGCUUAGUUUAGACCUCAUGUCUUGGCAGAGGAUGCAAAAGAUCAUCAGCAGCAGCUGCAGCAGCAUGAGUCUCUUGAGCGUCUUAUGGCUGCUGACAGUCUGUCUGGCUCCUGGAAGCCAAGGCCAGAGGCUGAGGGAGGCGGAGGGGGAGCAGCCAGGAGGCAAGGCUCAGCUGGCGGAGAGAGACGCACUCUGCCACCAGGAGGGAUGCUACGCUGUCUUCCUCCAGAAGAGAACCUUCAGGGAGGCUGGGCGGAGCUGCCGGGAGCGAGGUGGGACCCUGGCAACAAUGCACACUCACGAGGCAGCGGGUGUGGUCCACGAGCUGCUGUCGGCCAUCGAGACGCAGGGGUCCAGGUUGAGGCUUCGGCUCUGGAUCGGGCUGCACAGACCUCCACGCCAGUGUUCAUCCACCCGACCGCUCAGAGGAUUCGUCUGGGUCACAGGAGACCAGGACGGUCAGUUCACUAACUGGCUCCGUGAGGACACCCCUGGGACUUGUGCAGCUCCUCGCUGUGUGGCCAUGACUGUCCACACUUCUGAGAACGGGCGCGAGAGCAAAGACAACUUCCGGUGGGUUGACGGCUCCUGUGCACUACCUUUGGAUGGUUACGUUUGCCAGUACAACUACAAGGGAAUGUGUCCACCACUGGAGGACGAGGGCAGAGGUCCGGCUCUGUACACCACCCCAUUUCACCUUGUCAGCUCCCUACUGACUCAUGUGCCCUACGGCUCUGUGGCAGCACUGCCAUGCCCUGCAGACAGCACAGACCCCGACGCUCCGGCUGAGCAGACAGUGUUGUGCAUGGAGAGAGAUGAUGAGACGGUGGGCUGGUCCAGGGACACCCCGCUCUGUUCGUCCAGUACAACACCACAGAACCAGGACUGGUGCAGCGGGGACCAUAAAUGCGAGCACUUUUGCCAGAACACAGACACAGAUUACUACUGCUACUGCUCUGAGGGCUUCACGAUAGAUGAGGACGGCUACAGCUGCAGACCUGACCCCCUGAGCCCAACCGACCCACCUGAGCUGUCCUCCGACUCUGCCGGUUCCACCGAAGAGCCUCACAUGAGGGAGGUCUGUGUGGAGGCAGGGUGUGAAUAUGACUGCAUGGAGACGCCUCGGGGCGUUCGCUGUAUCUGCCCACCUGGCUACCAAAUGGGUCCAGACGGCCGUGGAUGUUCUGACGUGGACGAAUGUCAACAGCAGCCAUGUCCACAGCUCUGUGUCAACAUUCCAGGCACCUUCCACUGUACCUGCCACCAGGGGUAUCAGCCAGAUGAUGAGGGCGAGUGUGUGGACAUUGACGAGUGCCUCGAUGAGGCCAGUUGUGAAGGCUUCUGUGAGAACACAGUGGGGUCCUUCACGUGUCUGUGUAACCCCGGCUAUGAGUUUGGCAGCGACGGAGAGUGUGUGGAUGUAGAUGAGUGUGUUGGGGAGUCACCCUGCCAGCAGCAGUGUCUCAACUAUGUGGGAGGCUACCAGUGUUUCUGUGACAACGGCUAUGACCUGCAGUCGGAUGGACUCACCUGCCAGCCUUCGCCUGAUGAUGAAGAAUACUCCACCCUGACCCCUGACCCCAGUGACUCUGCUCACUCACCUGACUUGUACCCUAACCACGACAUUCCCUGGUCCACCUCAUUCACCCCUGACCCGAACUUCGAAGCUGACACAAACUUUGACGUCGACUGGCUGACUGAAGCCCCCGAGGCUCUUUCCCCUGACAUGGCUCAUGGCUCAGAUAACCACCUAAACCCUUGGGAUGCCCUGUCACCCAGGCGAUAUCAGACAGCCCCACCCACAACGCAAAAAGACAGCACAGGCAACGAAAUUGAUAAUGAGGCUGAAGCUAAAUCGGGAAGUAGAGGAGCUAGUGGUGCGGCGGGAGCCGAGACUUCAAAUGGGUCGGCCCCUGAGACUGGAGAGGCAGAGGAACCAAAGAUUGAUAAUACAGAGGACACCAGCAGCAGUGAAGAGGUCGGGGAUGGAUCUGCUGCAGGUAAACGAAAGCACGACAAGAGUUGGCUGCUUGUGGCCCUGCUGGUGCCUCUUUGUGUGUUCCUUGUGGUCAUGCUGGCUUUGGGGAUCGUCUACUGCACUAGCUGUGCUGUGGACAAGAGCUUCAGCUUCUCGGACUGCUAUCGCUGGAUACUCCCUACGACACCUCCUGACAGAAGGGAUGGCAAAACCCAAGCAUGAACCCUAAAAUAAACACACAGAUGUGUUAAAGGCGAUGAUGUCUGUUAGCACUUCUCUUGUGGUGCAGGACUGGUCACUAAAACUACAAUCUGGAUAUAAUGCAGCUGACCGACUCUCCCACUCAUCAAGGAAAACUUAAAGUCCCUCUCUCUUAAAAACUCAUCUGUGUAUCAAUGUUACUUAUUUAGAAGUUUUUUGUUUUGUUUUGUUUUUUUCCAUGAAAGUCAUCCUUCCUGCCUUAAAACUGUUGCUUCCUCUAGUGUGCAGAUCUUUGAAGUCGCCGCCUCUUCACCUCUCCACCUCUCCACUCCCUGCAUCUCGAGCACACUAGCUCACCUACGACUCUGCUCAAAACACUGUAAAACUGCUCUGCACUACAGAGUGGCAAGUUGAAAUAUUGGAGUAAUACAUGUUGGAACUGGAAAUCGACUCUGAAGAAGAAAAAUGUACAGAAAGUACUCUGCAAGUUGACAUGAUUUGAGUUUGUUACAUAUGAAGGCUGAAUCUGUGUUGUUGAGACUGUCAUCGGUAGGUUCAAGGUGGAAACACUCAUCCAUGGCAUUGACUGCUUCUUAUUCUGCUCAUGAUGUGUCUUUUUGCAUAUGAAAAACACCAUAUGGACAUGUUAACAAGGUUAAAAAGAACAACAUCACAAAACCUUGAUUUUCACCAGAGGGGGGCUUUAAGACUUUCUGUUGCACAGCCUUUGUAAAUAAUUCACUCUCUCAUGUUCUUAAAAAUUCAAUAAAACCUUUAAACUGAUCAAA